GCCGCCCGGGAGAGUUGGCCUUGGCUGGCAGCGACUCUCGUUUUGUGCUGGAAGAGAGCGAGGAAGAGUAUGAGGGCAGAGCAUCCUCCUGAGGAGAUGCCCUUUGAAAAUCAUCCAAAGCAGCAGUAGAAACAGUUUUGUGUUGCUUUGUUUUUUUGUUUGUUUUUUACGAAAUGCUAUUUUGGUUAAAAGAAGAAAUGGCCUCUCAAGAGCUCACCCGGAGACUGGCCACAGUGACCACUCAUGUCGAUGAAAUUAUGCAGCAGGAAAUCAGGCCCUUGUUGGCAGUGGAUAUAAUUGAACAACUUCACAGACAAUUUGCCAUUCUUUCAGGAGGCCGAGGGAAAGAUGGUGCCCCAAUCAUCACUUUUCCAGAGUUUGUGGGGUUCAAACACAUCUCAGAUGAGGACUUUCUGAAUGUCAUGACCUACCUGACCAGUGUCCCCAGUAUGGAGGCUGCCGGCAUCGGGUUCGUCAUUAUUAUCGACAGACGAAGGGACAAGUGGAGCUCCAUAAAAGCAUCCUUGACACGAAUAGCUGUAGCAUUUCCGGGAAACUUGCAGCUCAUAUUCAUCCUUCGUCCAUCUCGCUUUAUCCAGAGGACAAUCACUGACAUUGGCAUUAAAUAUUAUCGAGAUGAAUUUAAAAUGAAAGUACCGAUCGUUAUGUUAAAUUCUGUCUCUGACCUUCAAGGCUACAUUGACAAAAGCCAACUGACAGAGGACUUGGGGGGAACUUUAGACUAUCGUCACAGUCAGUGGAUAAAUCAUCGAACUGCCAUUGAAAAUUUUGCCUUGACAUUGAAGACCACUGCCCAGAUGCUUCAGGCGUUUGGGGCCCGCCUGGCCAUGACAGAGCUGCCCAGAGGCGUGCCAUCCACUGAAGAGCUUCUCAAUUCCCACACAAGGCAGCGGGACAAGCUGCAGGAUGAGCUAAAAUUACUUGGAAAGCAGGGGGCCACAUUGCUGUCAUGUAUCCAAGAACCAGCAACCAAAGAUCCCAUCCACAAACUCAGUGCCAAUCAACUUGAGAAUGUAGCUACCAUGGAAAGGUUGCUAGUUCAGUUGGAUGAAACAGAAAAAGCCUUCAGUCACUUUUGGUCCAAGCAUUACCUGAAGCUUAAUCAAUGGCUACAGCUACAGCACUUUGAGCACAAUUUUUGUGAGGUUAAGCUUGCCCUGGACUGCUUGUUGGCGGAGCAAACAGAAUUUACAACCAUUGGAGACAGUGUGAUGCAUGUGGAGCAACUUCUUAAAAAGCACAGAACACUGGAAGGAAAAGGCCAGGAGCCCUUGGAAAAAGCCCGGCUGCUUGCAAUAAUUGGGGACCAGCUCAUCCAAAGCCACCACUAUGCAGCGGACUCCAUCAGACCCAAGUGUGUGGAGCUCAGGCACCUCUGUGAUGACUUCAUCAAUGAAAACAAGAAAAAAUAUGACAUUUUAGGAAAGUCUUUAGAGUUGCAUAGACAGCUGGACAAGGUCAGCCAGUGGUGUGAAGCGGGAAUCUACCUCUUGGCUUCCCAAGCUGUAGACAAGUGCCAGUCGCGAGAGGGUGUUGAAGUUGCCUUGAACGACAUUGAGGCAUUCCUGCACACUGCGAAGGAUAACCAGCUGCCCAACCCCAAGGAGUUCUACAACCAGUUUGAGUUGAUUCUCACUCCCAACAUAAAGGCCAAAGCCCAGAAAGUCCUACAGAAGCUGAGUGAUGUACAAGAAAUAUUUCACAAAAGGCAAAUGAGUCUGAUGAAACUGGCAGCCAGACAGACUCGCCCUGUGCAACCUGUGGCCCCACAUCCUGAGUCCUCCCCAAAAUGGGUGUCACCAAAAAGCAGCCAGCCCUCUACCUUGGCUCCUCUUCAGAAAACACCCGAGGAACCUUAUGCAGAGACAUAUUUGAACUCCUUGGUAAAGGAAGAUGACAAGACUAAAUUUGAAGGCAAGAAUGAAGAAAUACUUGAAAGUACUCAUGAUGGGGAGAACCCCGGGCAGGAGCAGCUUGACAGGCCUGAAAAUCUUUCCCCCAGCAGGUGCCUUCUACGUGACUUGCUUGAGACUGAAGAGGCUUAUAUAAAAGAAAUGAAGAGCAUAAUUGAUGGAUAUAUCACCCCGAUGGAUUAUAUUUGGCUGAAGCAUCUGAUUCCAGACGUUCUUCAGAAUAACAAGGACUUUCUCUUUGGGAAUAUUAGAGAACUUUAUGAAUUUCACAACAGGACUUUUCUAAAAGAAUUGGAGAAGUGCACUGAAAAUCCUGAACUUCUGCCACGUUGCUUUCUCCAGAAAAAAGAAGAUCUUCAGAUAUAUUUUAAAUACCAUAAGAAUCUGCCCCGAGCUAAGGCAAUCUGGCAAGAAUGUCAAGACUGCGCCUACUUUGGGGUAUGCCAGCGCCAGUUGGAUCACAAGCUCCCCCUUUUUAAGUAUCUUAGAGAACCAAGCCAGAGACUUACAAAAUACCAGAUGUUGUUGAAGGGUCUGCUGGAUUCUGAGUCUCCUGAGGAUUUGGAUAUAGACCCAGGUGACCUAGAAGGAGGUUCUGCUAAGAUUGGGCCAAUGAGGACCAAGGAUUCCACAUUCUUGGCUGAACUGCAACAGGCUUUAGCCGUGAUGGAGGAGUUGAUCAAGUCCUGUGAGUUGGCUGUGGACCUGGCAGCAGUCACUGGGUGUCCGGACGACAUCCGAGAACUGGGCAAGCUGUUGAUGCGCGGCUCCUUCAGCGUGUGGACGGUGCACAAGGAGCGUUAUAAAAUGAAGGAUUUUAUUCGAUUUAAGCCCAGCCAGAGGCAAAUCUAUCUAUUUGAAAGGGGAAUAGUGUUCUGUAAGAUACGAAUGGAGCCCAGUGACCAGGGCCUAUCUCCUCAUUACAGCUUUAAGAAGUCAAUCAAGUUGAUGACACUCUCAAUUCACCAACUUGAAAGAGGGAGCAACAGAAAAUUUGAAAUUGCCAACCGCAACGGACUUGAGAAAUACAUCCUGCAGGCAGCUUCCAAAGAAAUCAGAGAUUGUUGGUUUUCGGAAAUAAGUAAAUUAUUGAUGGAACAACAAAACAAUAAUAAAGAUGUUUAUGAGGAUGAAAACAAUGGCAGACAAAUCUCCCCCAAAUGCUGCUCCAGCAGGGCACGUGUCUCCAUGGAAACCGCUGAUGAUUGUGAAGGGGCAGAAGAUAUGGAGAAGGAGAGUGCUCUGGGUCUCUCGGGACUUUUCCAGUUGGACGACAGUUAUGAAACCUGUUCCGCCAAGUCUGUUCCGGACACAGGAGAACGCAUCCAGGGAGAUAAAGGAGGCGAUGAUGCGAUGGUCGCGUGAGUGUGAAGGACGGGAACAAAAGCCAGCUACCGUGUUGAGAACACACUGAAGCCGCUCCAUGAUGAGACCCGCGUGCAGGAACAGGCCUCCCUCCGACAGCCGUGUGAACGGGCCGCCUUGGAAGCAGAAUCUCCAGCCCUAGUCCAGCCUUCAGAGGACUUCAGCGCCAGCUGGUUUCUUGGCUGAAACCUCAUGAGAGACCCCGAGCCAGAAGAACCCAGCUAAGCUGCUUAUGAAUUCAUUCCAGGGGACCACGAGAUAAUAAAUGUUUCUUUAAGCUGCUAAGUUUUGGAGUUGUUUGUUAAGCAACAAUAGAUAACAACUAUAAUGUUAAAUAAUAAAAAGCUUGUUAAUAAAGUA